AUGGCGAAGAGCGUUCUGGAAUCGGUCACAAGGAAGGAGACCCUGCGUAAAUCUUCCUUCUUGGCAGUAGGUUCUGUCAUCGACAGAAAGGCUUUUGUUUGGAAAAAGGAGGCCCUCGACUCAGUGAUCCACAAGAUAGACGACUGGCAGAAGCGUUUCGAUCCGCCUUGGUUUCUCAUCGUCAGGUAUAGCAGCUCAGCGAUUGAUCAGCAGCUGCAGGCGGGAAACACAUCGAUGGCCAGGAGAGGCGCACCGAACGCCGCGAAAGACCCUUUGGCUCUUGUCAGCGGAAUGAGGGCAGCCAUAAUGCCAAGCAGCAACCAGAGAGGACCAUUAUUCUUACCAGAAUGCGCUAUGGAGACAAGCCCUAUCACACACUCAAGUGCACGGCUCGGACGCUUACUUGGUGGGGACCAGAGAUGGUACAUCGUUGACAGCGUCUCCUUCGAGUCUCGUGUCGACAUCAGUCAGUUAUCUCGAGACGUACGGCAUCUCGCAGCAAAGCUUUGCCAGGCAGAUCCAAUAGCUUUUGGAUUGCUGAACUGCAAAGGAAUUAUGCCGAUCAGCCAGCAACACGAUUCGUCUCAAGGAGCCUCCCAGCGGCAGCCAAUUGCGCUGAACAUAGUCUUCCGGAUACCACCAGGCAUGGACACACUCUUCUCACUGCGACAGAUGCUUCUUAUGCCUGAUUUGCGGAUGUCGGUUACGAGGAGGGUGCGAGUCGCGCGAGAGCUUGCGAAGUCCAUAAGCUAUGUGCAUGUCUUCAACUUCGUACACAAGAAUGUGAGGCCAGAGUCUGUGCUGUGUUUCGAGGACACAACGCAGUCUCGCAGCCACACCUUCCUCGUGGGGUUCGACGCAUUCCGAGCUGCUGACGGCGCGACCAGGCUCCAGGGAGACAUGUCGUGGGAGAAGAACCUCUAUCGUCACCCAGAGCGGCAAGGGGACUUUCCCUCCGAGAAGUACAACAUGCAGCACGACAUAUACAGUCUUGGCGUGUGCUUGCUUGAGAUUGGACUUUGGGAGUCGUUCGUCGAGUACACGUACCAAGAUGAUACGCUUCAGCCUCAGACUGGCAAGUGCUACUCUCAAUUCCAGCAAUGGCUUACCGGCGUGUCGUCCGACGCCAGAAUGGCUUUCUCCUACGACCUUCCUUGGCAGGUCAAAGACUACCUGGUGGAAGUUGCACGGAGCGAGCUGCCGGCCAGAAUGGGUGAGAAGUAUGCCACGGUGGUGGUCGCGUGCUUGACAUGUCUGGAUCCCACAAGCACGAUCUCAUCCAACUCGACGAACGAACCGGAAGAGCAAAGCAUGACAGUCGCUGUUCGGUUCAUCGAGAAAACCCUGCUCCUUCUGAACGAGAUCUCAGUAUAG